CUCCACCUUUGGACAACGACACUCAAUUCUGGAUCAAUCGCAUCCCACACAUCUUUUUUACUCGGCUUCUACUGGCAUUCUUCUCCAGCUUCCUCCUCUGUUGCAGGCCUUCAUCAUGAGCGGGUCGCGGCCACUGCGGGGCGGGUGCCAAUGCGGCCGGAAUCGUUACAUCAUCGCCAUCCCAGAGAAUGGCAUCAAGGACGCUCAGGUCUUGUUUAACACUGAGCCGCAGCAUCAGAUUCCUCUCGCGACACCUUUGGCAGCGUACAUUCGCGUACCGCUCUCGUGGUAUCACAGCUCCACGUAUGCCUUCUUCCCAGAUGAAACCCACACCAUGAUCCGCAGGGUCUACUCGCACCCGAGCCAAGACUACUCCAAACGGCAUUUCUGCGGCUUCUGCGGGACGCCCCUCUCAUAUUGGUCCGAGGAACCUCGUAGCGAGGCAGAGUUCAUCAACCUGACGCUGGGCAGCCUGCUUCGGGAAGACAUCCGGGACCUGGAAGACAUGGGCCUAAUCCCCGAGGACGAAGGUUCGCCACCCAAGAGCGAGGCGGCCCCAGCAACGCCGACGAGGAGAUCCGCCAUCCAGCAGUCGUUUGGCGUGCCGUGGUUCGAUGGGCUAAUCGAGGGCUCGCGGUUGGGUAGCAUGCGCAGGAGCUACGGGGCUAAACGAUCGCGCGAUGGACAGACGAGCAUCGAAUGGGACAUUGUCGAAUACUCGGAGAAUGGCGGCGGAGAAAUGGACCAGGAUGAGCCUGAGGCAGAAGUGUCGACACAGCUGGGCAAAAGGAAACUCAGAGAUCAUGAGGUUUGACGCUGACGACGACAUGGGGGGGAUAUGUUGUGUGUGUAUGUGUAUGUGUUUGUACUCGGUCCGAGUCUGUGUACAACAGUCGAUAAGGGCUUGGGCUGGGACAUGGUCUGGUCUGUUGCGUAUAUGAGCUGCCGCUUUUUUCCCUUUCCUCCUUCUAUUUCUCGGUAAGGCGUUUUGUUCAGUUGUUUUUGCUCGGACAGUGGCCGGGGUGUUUACCUUUAGGCGUACCUCUUUUCGGUGGCAGAGGCUAUAUACCGUGCAUGUACUCCGUAGACAUGAAUGUAAUUGAGUACGGUACU